AUGGAACCAAGUAGAGGUGGAAGCUUGAUAACGCGGGGGAGAAAUGAGUCCAGUAGCCCGAAGGUUGCUCAAGACAAUGACCAACAAUCUGAUAAUGAGGAGUACGAUCCGUUCGCGGCACGGAUUUUAACCCAGCCUAGCUCCGACUUGGUGGUGUUUAUGCACCUGCUGAAGGCCUCGAUUGGCAGCGGCAUACUUUUUCUUCCACACGCGUUCAGCCGAGCCGGGUAUGUAACGGCCUUAGUUUCCAGCGUGCUGAUCGGACUGAUAAGCUGCUACACCGCAGUCCUCACAGUGCAAUGCUCACACAUCCUCUGUCGACGCUUUAAAAAACCCUCGAUGGAUCUUGCUGAAAUAGUAUCCUCGUCAUUUACGAUUGGACCUGAGAGAUUUCGAAAGUACGCUGUUCACUUCAACAUCCUCACCAACGUCCUCGUGUGUUUCAUUCAAUACGAAACGGUUAUAAUAUACUCGAUAUACGUCGGUACUUCUACUCAACAGAUAAUUGAAAAUUUAACAGACACAUCGAUUAACAUUCGCAUUUACAUAAUAAUGUUCAUGCCGAUUUAUUACAUCCUCGCACUGAUGCCAAACUUCAAGUGGUUGAUGCCUUUUUCGGCCGCGGGGGCGUCGUUUCUCGCCCUCGGAUUGACAAUAACUCUGUACUACUUUUUCGAGGACUUUCAGUCACCAAGUCGCCUACAAACGUACACCGGCAUCACUUCAAUACCGAUUUUCAGCAGCAUAUUUAUGUUCGCUGUUCACAAUAUGACGGUGAUAAUGCCGCUAGAGAACAGCAUGAAGAACCCGAGACACAUGUCGCGAAUUCUUACACUCAGUAUGAUGCUAAACGUGCUUAUUUACAUGAUCUUUGGAUUCCUCGGGUAUAACAAAUACAUGGACGCCUGUGAUACAGUUAUUAAAAAUUUGCCAUUUGGAGAGAUAGCGUCGAAACUCGUUAAAAUAGUUGUAACAUUGUCUGUCAUUUGUACAUACGGCCUUCAUUAUUAUGUGCCUGUAAGUAUUCUAUGGCCGAUGAUAAUUCGAAAAAAUAUAGCGAUGAUAGGAAACUGCACGAAAGCUUGUGAGAUAAUAUUCAGAUUAGCUGGUGUAACCAUUUCAAGUAAGACAUAAUUCAUACAUCGUACAAUUACUCAGUGAUUUAAGUGUCGGAAUACCCAUUUAUUUUUUUUUUAUCAUCUUGGUAUUUUUUUUUUUUUUUUAUUAUUUAUUUAUUUUU